AACAGCAACAUUGUACCCAUCAGUUUUAGGACCAAAAAAACAGUGAAGAUGAACGUGCUGCCCUGCACGAUCCUCUCCUUCCUGCUGUCAGCUGGAGCCUCUCUGGCUCAGUCGGAUGAGGAAAUGCUGACUGGUAUCGUUAAAACAAUCAGAAGACAAUACAGCAUAGCUGGACAGUUCUGUCUGGCUGCAGUUAUCCCACCAAAUCUGAACACUCUUUACCAGGUUUUUGAGCAUAACUCCUUUGAGGAUGUUCAGGAAACGAUUGGGGACAAUGACUCACCCAAUAACAAUCGUGGAGUGUAUGUAGGCUAUGGAGUGAUUGUGGCCAGACCAACAUUAAGUGCAGACGGACGAAGUGGACAACAUGCAGAACGUCGUGUUCUGCAAACUCUGAGAGAGCUGGUGGAAAAUCCAAAUGAAUUCCCAAAAAGCCAGGGAAACUCACUUCUCAUCUACUCUUUUCUCUCCGCCUGUGAUACAUGCACCAGCCGCGACCAUCCAUCAAGCAUCAUCAGGGACCUCCAACGUAUCGUUCAAACCUACACGACUUCUGUAUUUGUGUUUAAAAAAAUCUUUCAGCCCCGAAUUAAUAUUGUUUUUACUGAAAAUGAUUUGACCAAUUCCCUUUAUUCUCUUGAUGAGGCCAUCGGUGGGCUGGCUAACAUCUUUCGCUGUGACCCUACCUGUUACAGAUGCAUUGACAGGCAAACAAAUGCAGUUUCACGAUAUUGUAUUGCUAACGACGCUUAGCCUUCACAGUGAGGAAGCAGCACCACAGUCAGACACAGACAUGACUCUCAUUAUUAACAGUUUGUUGUCAUUUAGUCUCAAGUGAGUCCUCUGAACCGCAGCACAAACAGCUCUCAGUCUCCAUAAAGGAAGCUUUGUACAGGAUCACAGAUGACAUCAGAGAUGACAUCACACUGUGUUGGUGAAUCUUGCUGUGUGUUUUCAGACACCUGCACCUCACUCAGACCCCCAACACCCGCUGUUCCUCCACCUGUUUCCCUCAUUUACUGAUGAAUGAUGAAUGAUGAAAGAUGUCCAGAAGCAUUUGUAAAAGCAGACUGUAACUCAGUGAUGGCAUUCGUGAAUCAUGUGACUGCCUGAAUACAAGGUGUUUGUGACCCCUCA